AUGCUGGGACUCCGUCCGGGAGGCGGUCGCGCACGAGGAGCGGUCAGCCAGGACGGAGAAAUCCCCGGCUACGGAUGGCCUGUCUCCGCUGUCAAAGGCGAAAGAUCAAAUGUGACGGCGACUUACCUACGUUCUAGAUACAUCUCAACACUGAAAAAUCGGAUAUCAUGGCUAGAAUCAAUAGUCAGGUCAAGAUGUCCUGACGUGGAUCUCACUCAAGACCCUCCAACAGACAUUGAAGGUUUGGAUGAGACCAUUCUUGAAGAUACAACACUUCAAUCACCCGCGCCAGCACAAACAAGCACCCUCGACAUCUCAGAAACAAUCCAAGAACAAUCGGCUGUUGAAACACCCAAUCAACCAGUCAGCAGGUCCGCCCCAGGACCUAGUGCAAUAACCCAUGAAAUCGGUCUCGUAUCACUCGGAACAAACCAAGAUCCCAGAUACAUCGGUCCAUCAAGCGGAUACUUCCUCGCGCGUGUAAUGCUCGAUUCAGUAUCUAAACAAGAUGAAAGACUCAGUCGAAAUGCACCAUUUCCUACGAAAUUGGUCGAAGCGAUCCAGGGACCUUUGCCUUUGCCGUCGAGGGAGAUGGCGACGCAGUUAUGUGACGCUUACUUCAGCGCUAUUAAUUUACAGUAUCCUAUUCUUCAUCGACAGACUUUCGAUGGAAUGAUGGAAAGGGCUUAUGAGCAGGAUAGUAAUGAUCCGGUGGUCAAGUUCCAGGUCUUCAUGGUUCUAGCCAUCGGCUCAGCGGUGUUAUCUGGUCGCAUACGAGCGCGCAUCCCAGCAGAGUCAUACUGUCUUUCCGCGCUCCAGUAUCUUGAUGAACUCAACUUGGAAAACUCACUUCAAGGCGUGCAAUGUCUUUUGCUACUUCUCAUUUUCACAAUUCAUAGUCCCUUUGUUCGGGUGAAUGUGUGGUAUCUGGACUACCACUGCAUCGCUGCCCUACUUGAUCUCGGACUACAGAGAAAUAUCAGUGCGGGUGCUGGUAUCUCUUUGCUAGAGCAGGAGAUGCGGGCGAGAAUCUUUUGGGCUAUUUACACGUUUGAUCGUGUCAUUGCUACCAUGAUGGGAAGGCCUAUUGGGAUACGAGAUGAGGGUUGUGAACUUCGGAUGCCCCUUGGUUUGUCAGACGAGCAACUCGCAACACCAUACCAACAAACCACAGAACAAUCAAGCGAAAUGCUCUUCGCAAUCCACCUCUUCAAAGCCGCAAAGCUCAACUCCGAGAUAAAAUACAUUGCUCAAAGCAUAGUCCGCGACUCACCUCGCUACGCAUACCCCCGCGUAAUCGACAUAAACGACUGGCAAACCACCAUGCUCAACAACCUAGACGAAUGGUCAACCCAAAUCCCCCUCCAAAACGAUUCAUCAACGCUCUAUCUUCAAAUAACUUGUAAAAUCCGCUAUCACAACCUCCGCAUGCUUCUCCUACGACCAAGUCCCGCAAUACCUAAACCUACCACUGAGGCUUUAGUGCAGUGUCAUAAGAGUGCGAGGGAGAGUAUACAGCUUUUUGAUCAGCUUUAUAAGAAGAAUCUUCUCGUUCAUAGUUGGACUACUUUUCAUGGACUGGUACUUAGUACGAUUACACUGCUUUAUUGUAUCAAGGUCGUGCCGGAGAUUGCGCGUGGUACUGAGAUUGAUGUUUUGAUGGCUGAUCUGAGUAUUUCGCUUAGUGUGCUAAGUGCCACGGGCGAACAUUGGUCUGGUGCGAAGAGGAGUAGGGAUAUUCUCGAUGAGCUUGGCAAGUCGACGAUUCGCUAUCUUCGCGAGCAAAGUCGUUCAGUUUCUCGGACUACGGACCAAGGACCUGCGCCAACACUCGCGACCGAGGUAUUGGACGUGAACCUUCAGAUGGAUACAUCAUUGGACAGCAUGGGCUUCUUACAGAAUCCAUUCGACGACUGCAUGUUCAACGAUUCUUUCGCGGGAUACUUUGAGACGGAUUCUGUCAAUGUUGAUAACAUUGUUCGAGACCUUUUCCAGGAUUUUAUUCCUACAUAUCCUAGCGAACUAUAG